AUGUCAUCCUCAAGCAAAAGAUCGCUCCUUCUCUUUCUCUCUUCACCUUUUGAGAUUUGUGAAAUCCGACGAUCGUCGCGCACUGCGGUGCAUCACAGUGGAGGCUGUGGGUACUUCAUACGAGGAAGUGCUAGCGAUCAUCAACGCACCUCAGAAAAACAUUACAAUGGCUGGCGAUGA